GAACAAAAUUAGAAGCCUACAGAAUUUCCACACACACACACACACACAUAGCACAUACAAAAUAAUUUUACAAUAACGACAGGAUGUCGAAGAACAGUGAAGCCCAUUUGACGCCACAGCUCAAGGAACACUACGAAAUGGAAGCGGAAAUCUUGGCUCUAUUGAUGGAAAUGGAGAAACGCUAUCGCGAUUAUUACGAGUUCUACCAAUGCGAAUUGGAGUCACAGAAAAUAAUCAUCGAACGUCUGUGGUUGCUAACACAACGAUAUCUGAUACUGAUCAGCUCGACGCCAGGUUGUCGCUAUCCGGAGGUUUAUACCCUAUCUGCCGAGGAGGCGAUCAUCAAUGAGUACGAGGAGAAACUGGAGGUGAUGCGUGGGUCCAACAAUGACAUGAAACAUGCUGUUUUGGAUCUUAAUAUAGAGUGCAAGAAAUUUUAUGAGGCUUACAAUCAGCUGGAUAAAAAUAUGGAGACACCCUUAAUACUUGGCGAUAAGUAUCAUCACAGCAUCGAGCACCACAAGGAAAUGGUCGCCGAUAUUUUCAACUACUUAUAUUCGGCUAUACUCAAAAUGAAGUGCUAUAUGCACCAGCUGGAUCCCAUCAGUUUGGAGAGUGUUGAGGAUUACCGGGAGCUGCUCAAGGCCGACAGUAGCAAUGAGGAAUUUGAAGAAUUCCUAAUGAAAAAGUUCGUCUACUGCAAGUGCUUGCAGCCGAGGCCCACCUGUCCCAUACUGAAGCUGAAGUGUGCCCACGGCAAGAUUCACAACUUAAAGUAUGUUGGCCGAGUGUCGAAAAUGCUAUGAUAUAUUAUACUAUAAUAAAACUAAGUGCAAGCAUUUAUAAAAUUUAAAGUAAAGCUGCAAAGUUGCUAAAGACCAUAAUUAAUAAUAAUAAAUAUAUGAUUAUAUAAAUAUAA